AUGAAUCUGAAGGUUCUGGCUAUACUUUUAGCAGUACUCCUCUAUCCUUCUUCUGUUCACGGUUUCUCUAUGUUCAGAGGGGGAUGGUGUCUUUGUAGAAGUUCUACAGUGAACUCUGUGUAUAUAGCAAACAUUAAAAAGGUCUCAAUAUUUUUCCCAAGUGGCAGCUGUAACAAAAUAGAAAUUAUUAUCACUCUGAAAGAAGGUAUGGGCCAAAUAUGCUUGAAUCCAGAAUCCAAGCAAGCAAAGCUUAUCCUGAAGGUAGGCUGUGAGGAUAUUGUUUCUAUCCUUCUGUCAAAUACUUAA